AUGGGGCUCUUCUCCCGCGAAAAGAACGCCGGCGGUGCUGAGGUCGCCGCCCCAGAUGUCGCCGACAGCCAUGAUGGAACGGCCGGCUCCGAUAUGGAGAAGACGAGCAUCCACGACAAGCCCAUCGUCGCCACCUCUCCAGGCUAUGAGGACCCGCGCAUCAGCUGCUUCACCUACAAAGAGCAGAGAAGAAUCAUACACCGCGUUGAUCGCCGCCUCGUGCUCACCCUCGGCGCCAUGUACUGCAUCAGUUUGAUGGACCGAACCAACUUGAGCGCCGCCAACAUUGCUGGAAUGAGCGUCGACCUCAAAUUCAAAGCCACUGGCGUCGACAGAUACAGUGUCAUCACCCUCAUCUUCUUCAUCCCAUACGUUAUCUGCCAGCCGCCAGCAACGGUCAUCAUGCGAAAGAUUGGCCCCCGCAUCUUCCUCGCUGCCAUCACAAUCAUCUGGGGCGGCAUCAUGAUUGCCUUCGGAUUCGUCAAGAACUGGACUGAGAUGGUCGGACUGCGCGUCAUCCUCGGUGUCCUCGAGGCAGGUUUCUUCCCGGGUUGCGUAUACCUGAUGUCGACAUGGUACUCCCGCUUCGAGCUCCAGAAGCGCUACUCGGGCUUCUACCUGAUCGGUUCCGGCGCAUCUGCUUUCUCCGGUAUCCUCGCAUACGGCCUGAUGCAAAUGAACGGCCUAGCCGGACUCGCAGGAUGGCGUUGGAUCUUCAUCAUGGAAGGUGUCCUCACCUGCGUCCUUGGCGCCGUCGGCUACGUCCUCCUCGUCGACUUCCCCGACCAAGCCAAAGGCGCGCGCGGCUUCCUCAAAGACGCCGAAGUCGACUUCAUCAUUGCGCGCAUCGAGCAAGACCGCGCCGACUCCGCCGCCCCCGCAUUCAACCUCGGCCAAUACCUCCGCCACGCCGGCGACCUCAAGGUCUGGGGCUUCGCCUCCCUCUUCGGCCUGUGCACCAUCACCUCAUACGCUAUCGCCUACUUCCUCCCCGUCAUCCUCGUGUACGGCAUGGGCUUCUCUGUCGCGCAGGCGCAGUGCCUUGUUGCGCCGCCGUAUGCCGUGGCCGGCGUGUCCAUGCACAUCCAAGCCAUCUUCGCGGAUAAGUUCCGCAACCGCUGCGGCUGCGUCAUCAUCAACGCGUGUUUCUGCCUCAUCGGCCUCCCGAUCCUGGGGUUCAGCACCAACAACGGCGCCCGAUACUUCGGCGUCUUCCUCGCCACCAUCGGCGCCAACGCCAAUGUCCCCGCCAUCAUGACGUAUCAGGCCAACAACAUCCGCGGGCAGUGGAAGCGCGCCUUGUGCUCUGCUACGCUUGUUGGAUUCGGCGGUAUUGGAGGGAUUAUCGGAUCCACGGUGUUUAGGGAGGCGGAUAAGCCGAAGUACACCCCCGGGAUCAUGACGUGUAUGAUUGCGAAUGGGCUUAUCAUCCUCAUCACCCUGAUGUUGACGCUGAAGUUCUGGAGGGCGAAUAAGAGGGCUGAGGCGGGGGGGAAGAUUAUUGAGGGGCAGGUUGGUUUUAGAUAUACCCUUUAG